CUGGUUCACUCGUCCCAGCUGGCUCUUAGCGGUCUCUGCUGUGCCGCUCAAGGAAACGAGAGAACCAUGAGCACUGUGGAGGAGGAACCGGAUCACAUGAUACCAUGAAGACAAGCCUGCAGGUCCUGCGCUGCCAGCUGCUGAGUGUUCUAGCAUUCCUAGCACUGCCAGUAGGACUGGUGUCAUCAGCACAGGAGCCGUAUCUCAGCCAGACAUCCCAGGACUCUGUCUCCAUGGCAGCCGCCCACAGCAGCCCCCUCUCUGCACCCAAACCUCCCCCACACGACUGGCAUCAGGAAGGCUCCAGCAGCGGAGAAUGGUCAUCCAAAGGAGGCACCCAGGCCUCAAGCAUCAUCCUCCCGACUGUCGCCCUCCACCCUCUGGCCUUGCUUCACACGACCCAAUCUUCCAGCCUGGCUUAUGACGACUCUCCAGUCCAUGGCGUGACCCCAAACACUGUGAGCAUUCAUGUGAAUCAGCCCCCGGAGCUGAGCUCUGAUAAUGUAAACCAAGGCCACAUGCACAAAUUGGUCAGGGUACCUCAAGUCUAUAACCCAGUUACUGUCAGCACUAACCAGGCCAGCAGCAGCAGCAGCCCUACAUCUCCCAGCACAGCGGUCCCAAAUAUAGAUGUGGAAUCUACUGCCAGAGGAGCUCCAAACCCCCCAGCUCCUCUGUCCAGCUCUGGAUCAAACAGAGGAGACACGCUUGCUGCACACCACAUAGAGCCUCAGAAGCUGAGUGUGGAGGAACGUGUCGACUCUGGCUCGAAGCAUGUUCCAGAUCAUGAGCGCCUCUCUUUUUCCUCUUCAUCGAUGAAUGCUGAUCCUGCAGCAGGCCUGAAACUCAGGGAGCAUGCUCGGGGCGCCCCAGAGCUGGCUGCACACCAUGCCAUCACCCUGAGGGAGGUGCACGGAGUGAGUGAGCCCCCCACUCAUGAACUGGUGCUAGAGCCGAAGGAAGGGUCUGUCACUCCAGUCCAGAGCCCGCCCGAGAAUCUAACUUCCGCCGCGUCCACUCCAGCGCUGUCCACUGUGCUCGGCCUCAACACACAGAAUCCUACAGUUAUCCCAGACAACUACACUGCAUCCAACAAGACCACCACUGAGGAAACUCUUGGUCAGGUGGUGCAAGGUAAUGGCACAGACAGUGCCCCUGUGGCACAAACGUUGGGGAAUGUGACUGCACUUGGAGGGAUGGUAUCUAACGGCAGCUCAGUCGAGGACACACCAGGUCAGGGGAACAUCUCAGAGCCCGCCUCCACAGCCAGCGGGAACUUCCUGAUCCGGCAGGUGCCUGCCACUACCCAGGACCCCUGGACGCCUGGCAACAGCUCAGGCCCCACCGUUGACUCCCCGUCGUCCCGCAUGACCAUCUGCUUGAGCAAGAUGGACAUUGUGUGGAUCGUGCUGGCCAUCAGUGUGCCUGUGUCGUCAUGCUCUGUGCUUUUGACUGUGUGCUGUAUGAAGAGGAAGAAGAAGUCGUCAAGUCAAGAGAACAACCUCAGCUACUGGAACAACGCCAUCACCAUGGACUACUUCAGCAGACACGCUGUGGAGCUGCCCAGAGAGAUACACACUCUGGAGAGUGAGGAUCAUGACACCUGUCUACCCCCUAAUGGAGACUACAGCGGCAGCAGCGUGGUCCUGGUUAACCCUUUCUGCCAGGAGACCCUCUUCAUCAACAGGGACAAAGCUUCUGCCAUCUAGAGACAGGAAAAAAAAGAGACACUGUCUGAUUCUCCUCUUCUACUCCCCCUGCUGUUGUUGUCUAUUUUAUAAAUGUGGUAAAUAUUCAGAGACUUUAUACUGUAUAUGACAAAAAACAACCUGAAAGAAGAGAUGAUGUAAACAGACACUAUUUACUAUGAGGAUGCACCUGCAUAUUUUUCUGAUGUACAUUUUCUACAAAAGGCUUAAUUGUGAUAAAAGGUUUUUAUUGUCUUUAUAAAA